CUUGGCAACAAUAAGGUGAAAAUUUUUGUUUUAUGAAUUUUAAGUAAUUUCUUAGUAAUAAAAUUUUUAGAAAUGAAUCACCAAAAAAUUAAAGUAAGUCGUAAACCUCAAAAAGAAGUUGGUGGACACGAUAGGAAUAAAAUUCUAAAGGAGAUCAAUAAAAUUGCAACAAACCCGUUGAAAGCAUUCACGGCUUGUCCGAUACAGAGAGUCGUCGUUCGGAAGAGUGUGCCAGAGUUCAGGCAGGAAGGAGUACACAAGAAAGUCUCUGCGAAGGCUUUCAGGAGCCAGGCGUCACAGACGGCACUGGGUGGGGUCAACGACUACGAAGGGGUGGUGAGGUAUCCGAGCUCCCGUGUCCUGGAUGUGAGACCCAAACGAGAGAUAGGAUUGCAGGUCGAUCACAGCCCCAGCCCGAGAGAGCUAGACCAGGACAUCGGCCUGAUAAUGUCUCGCCACACAUCCCCCGUUAACCACGUACGAGUGAACCAGACUCCCAUUGUGAAGCCGAGGACGGUACGCUCUGCCAAGAAGUUGGACCCUUGCAGGGCCCCUCCCAGCUACCAGAGGGGUGUGGUUCCCAAGUACCUCCAGAAACUGAGGGAGGAGGACAAGAGCGAGUAUGUCAAGAAGCCCCUGAUUGAUUCUAGCGAAAACAUUAUGGAUUCCGACAUGAUCGAGAAAGAGGAGAAACUGAGGAAACUGGCCGCCUGGCAUCAGAGUUACAAAAAAAUGGUUUCUGAAUUAAAUGAACUGUCUGUUGCAUCGUAAAAA